AUGAAUCAAGGACUUGUAGCCGCAACAACUGCGACAGAGCUUAGAGCAAAUUUCGUGAACCAAUUUGGAGGGCCACCAAGAGUGUACGUGCCAAAAACACCUAGAACUGUCACUUUGCUAUCUCCCUUGGCUUUGGCGCGACGCCGGUCCAAGUCUGCUCAAGAACCAAAGCAAACAAAAAGCAGCAGCCGACCCACUUUGCCUUCGCCUUUGGCUGAUGCGACGCUGAUUGAAGUCGAUUUCAGAGCCAACGCAAACAAGAAACAACAGCCGAACUGCAACAAUCCACACAAGGCCCGAGUAGCUCCCACUGGGUGA